AUGAUAAAGAAAAAAUUGCUUAAUUUUUUUAAUUAUUUUUAUUGUAUCAAGAAUUGUUAUAUUUACCAUAUAAUUUUUUUGUAUAUUUUUUUUUUAAGAAUAACUUAUACUUAUGCUGAGAUUACUAUAUCCCAUUUCUUUACAUAUUUAUUAAGUAAAUAUGAAAAUUUAGAAAAAUCAAAAAAAGAAGAAAAUAUAUUUUAUUAUUUUACUAAUUUUUUUAAUUUUAAUAACAGAAAUAGUGACAAAUUUUUAAACACAAAAUUAUUUGUAGUUGUUUACUUACCUAUUUGUUUAAAAUGUUUUUAUACACUUUUUUUUGAUUAUGUUGCAUAUUAUGUUUAUAUUCAUUAUUACUUUAAAAAAAUUAAUGAGGAUUUUAAAAAGGUUUAUUAUUCUUCAUUACCCCAUGAAAAUCAAAUUUAUAGAAUGAAAGAAAAUAUUAAUUGUAAAAAAAGAAUUAGACAAGAUAAAAAGAAAAAAAAAAAAAAAAAAAACAUAACAAAUGAUAUCUAUAUUAAUGAUACUUCUGUUAUCUCUGUUUGUAAAUAUAAAAGAUCCAAAUUAGGAAAAAAAAAGUUUCUUAUUUACAAAAAAAAAUUAGAAGAUUAUAGAAAAAAUAAAAAUAUUAAGAAAACAAUAUUUUCCAGAACAAUAAAUAAGAACGGUAAAAUAAAAGUAUUAAAAUGUAAAGAUUAUAAAUUAGAAGAUAAUUUAUUUAAUAAAAAUAAAAAUUAUGAUAUUUUUUAUAAAAAUAUUUAUCAUAAUAUAUUAAAAAAAAGAGUAAACAUAUUUAUUAAAAGAAAAAAAAGAAACUUUAACGAUGAAAAUAAAGACUUUUUCAAUAAUCUAAGAAAAGAAACUAUAAAUAAAAGGAAGAAUAUUAAAUGGAAUAACUUAUAUAAUAAUAAGGAUUAUUACAACAAUCUAAUUCAAAAUUCUAAUAACAAUAAUAUUACAAGUGAUAAUUAUAAUAUUAAUCAUUAUAAUUUCAUCAGUACCAGUCAUAUGAAAGUUUUCUCAAAUAAUUUGUUUUGUUUUAAUGACACUUUAAAAGAUACCAACAAAAAAAAAAAUGAAAUUUUGAGUUUAGAAUCUCAAUUCAACAAAAAAAGUUACGUGAAAAAAAAAGAGAAAGGAAAUAAAAAAAAAUCAAAUUACUUUUUUAAUUAUUACAAAAAUUUAAGAAGGAAUAGUUAUAUUUUGAAUAAUGAAAGUUCUAAAAUAUACAAAAAUAUGAAUGAUUGUGAAAAAUCUUUUGAAAAUUGUAAAAACGAUUUGCUUGAGGAAAAAAAUUUUAAAUAUAGUGAAAUUGUGGAAAAACAUAAUAUUUAUAAUCAAAAUUUAUUAACAAAGAAUAUACAUUCUUUUGAUGAAGUAUUUAAUUAUAAAUCUACUAAUGAUAAUGUUUUUGAAAAUUCAAAAAAUAAAGAAAAUAAAAACACAAACUUGAAUAAUUUGUUUAAAAGUAUAAGAGGAAAUAUAAGUGCAGAACAUUUGUUUCAAUAUAGUAAUGAAUUAAAAGAAAGCAACUUAACAAUAUCAGAAAAUAAUUAUUAUUAUUAUAAUAAAUUUAAGAGUUUUCACAAUGAGAAAAGUGACAACUCUUAUAACAUGAGGAAAAUUAUAAAUAAUAAAAUUAAUUCGGAGUAUUAUCAUUUAAAAUUAAAUAUACUCAUAUUAUCAUGUAUAAUUAUUCAAAUUUCUAACUCAUUAAUCUUAAUUCUUAUUUCUAAUAAUAUUAUAAUAAAAAAAGAAAAAAUUUUUUUUUUUUGUUUUUUAUAUUCGUUAUUAGAAAGUGUAACAGAUGUUAUAUCAGAUAAUAUUUUUUUUUUGUGUGGAAAAUUUACAGAUGUUUAUAAAAAAGAAAUUAAUAUAAGUUCUAUUUAUACUUUACAAGUUAUAAGCAAAAUGGUAUUAAGUAUAUCUACUGUUUUUAUAUAUUUUAUUUAUCAUAUUUUUAUUUUUUCAUAUAAACAAGUAAAUAUUAUGAUCAUAAAUACUUUUAUUAAAGUAUUUUCUAUUUUUAUUCUUUCAAUUCUAUUUCUAAAAAACAAGGAUAAUAUUUUCAAUUAUUAUUACGAUGAAAAACCUUUAAGUUUUAAUUAUUAUUAUAAAAAAGAUGAUAUUUAUAACAGCAACUCAUUAAAUUCUACCGAAAUGAAUUCCUUUCAAAUUAUGAUAAACAAGGAUAAAAUAAAUAUUAGCGAAAAUACAGUAUCAAAUUACAAUUAUUCAAAUAAUAAAAAAUUAACAAAAAAUAUAAAAAAAGAUAAAGACAAUCUUUAUUACCCCAAAAAAGCUUUUUAUAAUGAGAAUUAUGCUACUAAUGAAUUCGUAAAUGACGAUACAGAGAAGAAAACAAGAUGUAUGAAACUAAUUUUUGUUAAGUUAAAAUAUAUUACUCAUAUUUUUAAUUUAUUUAAUUUAUUUCCAAAUAUAAAAAAAAUUUUUUUUAAAGAAAACAAUAUAAAUUAUAAUUAUAAAUUACUUACUUUAGAAAAUGUAAAAUAUGAUGAAGAAAAUAAUAAAAAUGUUAUUAAAGAAAAACAAAAUUAUCUAUUAAAAAUACCUAUUAUAAAAAAUAUAAAGAAAUUAAUUGAUAUAAAAAAAUUAAAAUAUAAUUCAAAUGAAUAUAUUUCAAAUAUUAAAAAUAAUAAUAAUUUAAUUAGAAAAGAAAUAGAAUAUAUGAAUGAAAAAAAAAAAAAAAAUAAAAACAUUAAUAAUAUUAAACUGGAUAAAAGUGGAUAUGAAAAAUAUAAAUACUAUGAUAAAAUGAACAACAAAAAAAAAAUUAAAAUAAAUUACCCAUUUAAGUUAUUUUUAAAUAAUUUGAAUUUUUCUAAUAUUUUUUAUAUUUGUUUAUUAUUAAUUAUACCGACUUUUGAAAGAAUAUUUUUAAAUUAUAAAAUUAAAAAUAUAAUAAUAGAUUUGGAUCUAUAUUGCUAUCUAAAUUUAGUAAAUCAUAUAACUGAUUUAGCAGGUUUAUAUAUUUAUAUUAGCUACUUUAAUGAAGAAUCUUAUACUUCAUCUAUUUUUCUCAGUUCACUUAUUAAUAUAUGUUUGAUGUCACUACGUUUUUUAUCUUUACAUAAUAGAUAUAAUCAAAUUGGAUUAUUAUUUUUAGAGACUGUUUUAAAAUCUCUUCAUAAAACUUUUUUUUAUAUGCCUAUUUUUAUUCUAGUUACUAAGACUUAUAUAAAAAAUAUACACAAUAUAAUGUGUUCUUUCUAUUCUAGUAUUUUAGACUUUAGUUCUUUUGCUUCUUGUUAUUUUGAAUAUUUGAUAAUAAGUUAUUAUAAUCUAGAAGAUUCAAAAAAUAUACGCGCCCUUGUAUUUAUUUCCUUUUUGAUUUUGCAUUUGUUAUCUCUAAUAAUUAUAUCAAAAUUAAAAAAAACUUGA